UCCCUGGCAGCAUUCAGUCAGGAUUGUCUGGCAAUGACAGUAUUUUUGCUACAGGGGUGUUUUCUUCUUCGGAGCUGUUGCGGUUAACACGAGCCUCCAUAAUGAUGAUGCCGAAUGGGUCCCACCCGCUCAUCCCCCAGGGAAGGAUGGAUUCGCCUAGCUAUUACAACUACAGCCCCCAAGACCACGGUCAGCCAACGAUGGUCUCUAUGCAUGCACUUGCCAUGAACAAUGGUCAGUCAUAUGUCUUUUGUCCUACAGGCAUCCAACACAAGAAGCUAAAGAGAGGCCACCUGAACUCGAUGUCCUCCCUGGAUGAGGAUGGGGAAAGUGUGGAAGAGGAUGAUCACCUCAAUGACUAUUACAGCAAGAUGGCAGGAGGAGGCGGAGGACUUGGUCACCAUCCUUCUUGGCAGGGAGAUCAUAUGGACCAAGGAGGCAGCCAGUGUCAAACUAUGCACUCACCCCACAUGAUGAUACCAAUCAUCCCCAAACAAGAGCCUGGCUAUGCUCCCUUGUCUCCUUCCAGUGCCAUGGGUGGCCAGCACUCCAGGUCCUUAGUUCCAACACCACCCAGACCCAUGAGUACUCACACACCAGGUAUGAUAUCUUGUACUCACGCACCAGGUAUGAUAUCCUCUGCUUGCACACCAGGGCUUGGUCACAUGGUUAUGUCAGGCCAGCAGGUGAUCAAGUACGAAAAUCAACAAAAUGACACCCUGAAUGACUUUGUCACGCUCGUGUGCCAGGAAGCUCAGAAUUCUCAAAACCAUUCAGGUCAGAAUUCCCCGCCAGUUCGAAGCCCGAACCGCCUGCCCCACUUUUUCUCUCCAGGAAUGCUACCUCCGCCACCACCACCACCUCCCUCCAGCCUUGCCCGGCCAGUACCUCUCCUGCAAAUAUCCGAUUGUCAUACUGUGUUGAGUGGUCACGUGUCAGUAACAUCUGCAGGAAACAACAGCGUCCAUCAUGCAGCCUCCCAGGGGAGCAUGUCCGGCUCCCCAACCACACCUCCAGUGUUCACUUACCCGAGCAUGAGUCCAGUGAAUGCAGUGAGUGGGGUGAUCAGCCCCACAACGCUCAGCCUGAUCACCUCACCCGUGGCAACACCCAGGACCACCCCACGCUCCACUCCAGUGCCCCGCUGGGCCUCGAACUUUAUCUCUGUUGAUGAGAAUAUGGAGUACUCUAUGCUGGCCAAUAUCAUGCCGACCGUCAACACAGAUGAAGCAGUUCUAGAUCGCUACUUCUCAGGUCACUCUAAUGAGAGCUUAGACUCCAACAGCGGGGCCAUGAUGCCAGGCCAUCAUCAUCAUCAUCCUCAGCAGCCAACGCUACACCAGCGACAGCACGGAACUUCAAAUCUGGGCCAGAAUCUGCAGCAAUCUCCCCUACACAUACCUCAUGCUCCUCAACAGGCCAUGCCACAACCUGGCACAGUAACAUCUCCCAAGCAGUAG